UGUUAAGUACUCACUUCUUAAAGUGUGCGCAGCACAUCACAACGUAAUCAAUCACAUACCACGCUUAUGCAAGACAGCGAGAGCCAAAAUGAAAUUUACACUUACGAUCUUCAUAGGACUUGGCCUGUUGGUGGCUGCUGAAUGCCAUCCUUUAGGUCAGAAAGAAGCUUACGAGCAGUUGAUGAAGCUGUUGGGUACUCCUAUUAAACCCGAACGUUAUUCCUACGAAAACUAUGCUUUUUCCAAGGGAUACAGCAGCUAUAAAGUGACGUCAUUCAAUUGGCGAUCGUGCGAUACGUCCGCUCCAGUACAAGCCACCGUAACGCUGACUCCUGACCCUCUUGUAGUUCCUGGUAACGUGACUGUUGCGUUCAAUGCUUCUGUAGGCGUUGACAUCGAGUCAAAGGUCAAGUUGGAAUUGACUGUCAAGAAGAAGGUUGUAGUAUGGAUUGACGUUCCAUGUAUUGACAAUGUUGGUUCAUGUACCUAUGAUGACGUUUGCACACUCAUCAGUGCCGGAACACCCUGUCCUGAUCCUCUGCCAAAGUAUAACAUCCCCUGCCACUGCCCUCUGACUAAGGGCGACUACAUCCUUCCCGCCAGCGAGUUUGAGAUUCCUUCGUCGAACUUGCCGGGCAUCAGCGGGGACUAUCAAGUGUCGGCCAAACUGAGCCACAAUGGACAGCAACUGGCUUGCUUUGAUAUCGACGCAUCAGUGGCCUAAACCCUUCUAGACUAUCAAAUUGUAUUUGACAAAAACAUAAUGACUAUAUAUGGGCACAUCAUGACUAUAUAUGGGCACAUCAUGACUAUAUAUGGGCCCAUCAUGACUAUAUAUGGGCACAUCAUGACUAUU